UGAAAGUAUUUUGUGAAAAACUGUGACAUGUUAAUCAGGAUUCAAAAAGUGAUAUCGUUUGAAAGAAAAUAAUACUGAUGCAUUAUGGCUGAUUCAUCUUACGAGAAAGGACUUACGGAACUUUCAAAAAUGAAGGUUGCAGAUUUGAAAAUUGAAUUGAAACAAAGAGGACUCCUUACUACUGGUAGUAAAAAUGAAUUGGUUGAAAGGCUCCAAUUAGCAAUUCAUGGUGAUUCUGCAUUAUCUUUGGAUGAGGCUACAGAAGAAAUUUUAGAUGAAGAUGCAGUCCUUGGUGAUGAAGAAAUUGAAGAACUCUCAAGUAAACCUGACUCACAGGAAGGUAGUGGAAGAAGAAAAUUGUCUACAGAGAGUAAUAUAAGUGCAAAAAAGAUAGUUCUAAACCGAAAACCAGUAAUUGAGGAAAUUAAGAAUGAACAAUCUGAAGAAAUUGAAACUGACACAAAAACUAUUGAGAUUGCACCUCCAGAAAGAAAAAUUAUUAAAUUAUCAGAACUUGGUAUUAAAGAGAGAUUAGAAAUGAGGGCUAAGAAAUUUGGAUUACCAUUAUCAGAAGCUGCGAAAAAGGAAGCUAGAUCUGAAAGAUUCAGUAUUGAUAAUCAAAAUAAUAAAUCAGCUGCAUCUGUAAAAACACCUGUGCAUACAACAUAUGAAGUUUUAAAGAAACGGGCAGAAAGGUUUGGUACAUCUGUUUCUAGUUUAAUGGAGAAGGCUGAAUUAGAAGCUAGAAUAGAGAAAAGAAAAGCCAGAUUUGGUGAAGUCAAACCUGCAAAUAAGAAAGUAUUUUAUAAUAAAGUUAAAAUUGUUAAAUGAUAUUCAGUGUUAUACACCAAACAGCAACUUAGAUUGUAAACUUU